AUGGCGGAGUUCACGAGCAAGCGAGGGCCCAGAACUUUCUACAAAAGCCGAGGCGCCAGACCGACUGGAGUCCUGACCUCCAGCAGAAAAUUCAUACCCAUUCGGGCCAUGAUACCCGAGUUCGUGGUGCCCAACUUGGAGGGCUUUAACCUGAAACCCUAUGUAUCAUACAAGACCCCACAAGGGACAGAGCAGCCCAUUACUCCAGAGACACUCUUCAAUCAGGUGGUGGCACCACAGAUCGAAAGAGACAUUGAGGAGGGGGUUUUCAGUGAGGACAAUCUUGAGAAAUAUGGAUUGGAGAAAACACAGGAGGGAAAGGUGUUAAAAUUGUACCCCAAGAACUUUGCUUGCUAG